ACCAUUGGACUAUACGUAGCCUAAAACAUGCGAUGAAUAAAGAAGCAUAAUUAUGAGAUAAAUACGUUAAUUGUAGAGGUUGUCCCUCGGUCAUCCCAGGACUCUCUCCCAUUGAUCCGUCGAGGCGUGCCAGUGUGUUCAUGUGAUGCAGUAAGGAUGUGUCCUAAAAGAGUUUGCAUCGAGCCAAACUGCAUCACUUCUGAGUCCGACCACCGCUCGGCACUCAUCUUUGGAUAUCCUCCCUUUCGCUUUAGUUACAUUGGGUGAAAGAGAAGAAACCGAAGAGAACGAGAGAAGGAUUGUGAAAUGGGAGCUACGGCAUCAUCCGCGAAGCGGGACAGCAGAUGUGAGGAGGACGCGGCGGCGGAGGAGCUCACUGCAGCAGCGAGCGAUGCUCAGGAUGACGGCAGUCCCGAUGACAAGUUGUUACAGAAAAAUGGGCAGAUCUCCAGAUUGAAUGUAAAGACAAGCAACCAUGCAGAUGAAUUGAAUGGGCAAUUUGGAGAGAGAGUACUUGCAGAUGUUGGCUCAGGGUUUGUGACUCUGAAAGAAGAUGGCACAGAAACAACUGAAGGCCUUCAGGAUAUGGAUGCUCUUCAACCAAACAUUAAGAAUGAGAGCACAGAGAUAGUCAAUGCAGAUGGUGUAGAACCUGAGGAGGACAACCAAGUGAAUGAUAUCAAUGAAGUUGGCUUUAAAAAAAUCUUCAAAUUUGUUGGAUUUAAGUUCACCCUAAAAAAAGACACAUGUGAAAAGACUGAAGCAAAUGAGCAAGAAGAAAGAGUUGCAAGUCCCUCAGAGGACUCCAGUGACACUCGAGAGAACAGUGCAGUGGCAACAAAUGAAAACAUAACUGAUGAGACUCAAAAAAGUGAGGUGACUUCCCAGGCUGAUGCAGCUGAAACUUCUCAACAAACAGACAAUGAAACAGAGCUCGAUCAGGACAUAAAGUUAGUGGAACAUCAUGUGGAGGACACACCUGAAAAAGAAAUGGAAAAAGAAAGUCCUGAGCCAGAGGAACAAAUGUCACCAUUCAAGCAAUUCUUUACACAGGGUAUCUUUGCCAGUUUAAGAAAGAAAAGGAAAGAAGAGGAAAUACAAAAAGAGAGUAAGGAAGAGGAACUCAAAAGAAUCGAGAAAACUGGUGCAGAGGAGGCUGAACAUGAGGACAGUAAAUGCAUGUGUCUUGAUAUCCCUUAUAUUAUAUCAGAGGAAGAAAAAGAUUCGCCGGAGAAAGCCGAUGACAAGUUGUUACCUGAAAGAGAGCUUCAGAACAUUCAAGAGAAAGAUAAGGUACAAGGAAGUCCACUUAAAAGACUUUUUAGGAAAUUUUCCACAAGAAGGCAGAGAGAAAGUAGUACGGCAGAAAAGGUGAUCGAGGCAGAGGAACAAGUCUCUGAACAGCCAAAGCCAACUUUGGAAUUGACAGAGCAAGGGAAACUGGAGGAACCAGUGAUUGAGGAAUUAAAACCUGCUGAAGAGGAGCUGGUGGCUAAUGAAAGCCCUCAAGAGUCCAAAAAGAAAUCUGACACCACUGUUUCCUGGGAGGCACUGAUUUGUGGUGGCUCCUCUAAAAAAAGGGCUAGAAAAACAAAUGAGGAUGAAACAGCAGACAAAGGAGGGGAAUAUGAGAAAACAACUGAAUCUCCACUUGGAAGUUCCUUUGAGGGCGAUUAUGAACAUCUUACAUCAUCAGGAAGUCCUGCAGAGGGAGAGAUGGGAUCCACAUGGAAAACUUUUAAAAAAAUGGUCACCCCAAAGAGAAAGGUCAGAACUGGAGAAAGUGGUACCCCUGAGCAGAUACCUUCAGACAGUGAGAUGAACAAAGAUGAUUCAUUUUCUAUGAAGAAACUUAUUCCAGGGCAUAAAAAAAGAAAAUCAGAAGCAAGGCAAGAACAAACAUCCUCUGAUGAGGCUGCUAAGGAUCAUGAAACAGGUGAUGAAGAUGAUGAAACCCCGGCUAUUAUUCCCCUGUCUGAGUAUGAAAUAAUUGAGCCUGAGAGUCUGAAAGAGGUGAAUGAACAACGAGUUGAAAUCACAAUAGAACAUGAGAUCCCAGAGAUGACAUCACAAGUGUUAGAACAGGAUACAUCCGAUGACUUGGUGCCCGAAAUUGCAGCUAAAGUUUCAAGUAACACUGGACCAACAGUCAUACAUGGUCUAUCAGAGGACUUUGAAGAACUCACAGACUUUGUGAGCAAACAUCAACAACUGAGUGAUAUACCAGAGGAAGGCAUAAUUGAGGAAAGCAUUGAAACACCAGUUUCAUCUGCUGAGUGGACAACACAGGAUGACACCUUAGCUGAAGACAUUGUGGAGUUGACAGCUGAUGCGGUCACUGCCCCAGAACCAGCAAGUGAGGAAUUUGGGGAAGACACUACUGAAAUGGUCUCUGCAGUCUCGCAACUAACUGAAUCACCCAGAACAUCUGGACAUGUUACACCAGUGCCAGCUGAAUAUAGUGUACAAACAUCAGAUGUGAUUCUACAGGAAGCUAUUCAGUCUAUCUGCAUGACUCCAAGUGUUCAAUCAGUAACUACAAAAGAUGAAAGCCAAGAAUCUCUGGCCGUGUCAUUUUCACCUUACAUUUUACAGUCUUCCACACCAGAGGAAACAAAGGUUUUGGUUGCACAUAAGAAAACUGAGGCAACAGCAAUGUGUACAGGCCUAAUAUCUCAAGAAAUAGAGUCUGUUGAAGAGCAUCUCCCUGCACACAUAGUGGAGGCAAUACCUGAAGUGAGUGAUGCUGUACCAACUGAAUUAGUCUCUGAUAACUUUACAGAUGAACCUGAAGCUGCAGGACUUGGGACAGAUGAGGUCUAUGAAGCUGAAAUCAAGGAUGUGAAGACUGAGUACAAGGAAAUAAUUGUAAAUGAAGAAGAAUCUGCCACUGAAACUCAGCUAGAGGUAGAGCAAGUCAUUCAAUUAGUUGCAGAGCCUUUUGUAGAAGAGGAGACUCAUAUGGAGGACGAAACAGAAGAAUGUACAACUGCUAUUGAACUCAGACAAGUGAUUGAUACAAUGCAAAGUGAAGAGUGUCCAUUGUAUUCAGAGUUAGAGGAACCUGUGUAUGAACAACCAUUAGCUGCUGAACCGGAAAAAGAGCUGAAGCUACCAGAUGCAGAGUUUGAGCAAGCCGCACUCAAUGAAGGUGUUGAAACACAUGGUGUUGUUGACAACAUCCCUGACACUACCACAAGUAAAGCCUCAGAUGUCCCUGAGGAAGAAAUUGAAAUGAUUGCCUCAGCGGUGGAGUGUCUGGAAAGCAAAGACACUGUUAGUAUUAUAAAUCCAAGUUUAGAUCACAUAGUGGCAGAGAGAUUGAAGUUAGAAGAUAAUUUAGAAGUAGAAGUUGAAUCAAUACAUGCUGUUGAAAUACAAGUUGAUGUUAAAGAUGCAGUCUUAUUAGCAAGUGAUUCAGCAGUGACUGUAGAGGACAUCAGUGAGAAAAUGAAUGAAAAUAAUGAUGGAAAAAUAACACAGCAGGAGAUUAAGGAAAUACACGUAAAGGAAGAGACUGGGGAUGUUGUUGCUUCAGAAGUUGUUAAAAAUAUUGAGGCUGAAAACAUUUCAGAAACUGUAGAUGAAUCAUUAGCCAGAGAACAGUUGCCGGAAGUGUCAUUUCCAGAAUCCAUAUUAGUUGAGGAGGCUGAAGAGAUCCAUAAAGAAGACAUUGAUACAAAUGUGGAUAAUAACAAAGUUGAAGACAGUGCAAGUGACAGAAUGGACAGGAUUUUUCUGAAAGAGGAAGACGACCUUGCAGUAAAAGAAGGGCAACCUUUAGCAAACACUGCAAGCAUUCAAACAGACAAUCAAGAUGUUUCUGCUCAUACAGAUAUUACUGAUGAAUCUCCUGAAAUAACUGUUGCUGCAGGAACUGAAAAUGGAGACAUGGUUCAAAGAAGAGAACCCACAGUUGUUCCUGAGUUUUCAAAAGAUGUAUUUGAGCACACAGAAACACCAGCAGAGCUCAAAACUAAGUGUGAAGUCAUACUGGCACCACUAGAGACAGCGUUGUCAGAAGCUGAAGCAAGACCUCUUCCAACUGAAAUUGUGGCUUCUCAAACAGAGGAGUGGGGUGAAGACACCAAACAUAUUCCAGAACCACACAAAGAGAAUGAACAACCAGUGACAACUGAGAAUAUUAAGACUGGUAAAGUUUUAGAAAUGGUUGCCAUUAUUGAGAACACAACAAAACAGUCAGGGAAAGAGAAACUUAUAAUGGUUGAACCAGUAGCACAGGCACUCAAAAUAUCUGAGCUACCGAAGGCAACAGAACAAGAGGGUGAUGCAUCUGAAAUGACUGUAGUUCAUGCUAAAGCAGUAGACGGUGACCAGGCCCCAGAAAUGACAUCAACAUUAAUGAAAGAAACAACAGUUUCAGAAGAAAAGGAUACAAUGGCUGUUGCAGAACCAGAACCAACUGUGAUUGAAGUGGCUGCAACCACAGUGCUGGCACAAAAUGAUACUGCUUCACAAAUGGAAGUUAGUAAUGUGAGUGAAUGCAAGAAUGAAGCAGAUGAAGAUGUUAGGCUAAAAUGUGAACCUCUUGAACAGUUAAUAGAAACGACACUGCCAAAUAAGUUACAGGUUGACAAGGCAGAAAUUAAAGAUGAAAUACCAGCAGUAACGGAAGUAACGCCUAUAGCACAGGUACCACCAUUGAGCUCUGAAGCUACAGCAGAAAUGGCAGACGUUUCUGUUUCUGAGAUACAAACACAAGUUGUGAGUGAACUCAGGGCGGCGACACUUGAAGUGACUGAACCGAAGGUUGAAAUGCCAGUGGUAACAGAAGUUGAAGUAGAGACAGCUGUAGUAACUGAGCUGGAAGUGGAGACACCUAUUGUCACAUCAGUGGUUACAGAACUUGAAGUAGAAAUGCCAGUGGUUACAUCUAUGGCAAAGACAAUUGAUACUAACAAUUCCGUAACUCCACAGAAUCAAAACAUAUACACUGAUACAUCAAUGUUGACAACAGUGAUCAAAGAACAAGUGGGGGAGAUGCCCACUGCAGUAGUGACACCAGCUACACCUCUAGGUGAAGUAACACCAGUUGUAACUCUAGGCAAUGAGUCAAUGGUUGUAGCACCAGUAGAAGACACACCUGUUGUGAAUGUAGCAGCAGAAACACCAAAUGUUGAAUCAGUGAUUGUGAGGACUGCUGUGGCCCCAGCAGUAGAGAUACAGAAUGUGAUUCCAGUGGUAGCAACACCAGAUCUUGGUUCAGUGUUAGUAACAGAGGCUGCAUCUUCAGAAUUACGUUCAGCAACUGUGACUACAGUAGCAGAAGCAGCAGUUGUAAGCACAGUUGUAGAAACACUAGUUGUUUCUUUCACAGCAGUAAAACCAACUCCAGCUGUAGUGGCAGAGAUGCCAGCCGCAAUAGAGAAAACAAAUAUGUCCCCUGUUGUAGAGAUCCCAGCAAUACAGACACCAACUGUAGGCCCAGUGGUAAUGUCAUCAGCUGUAACAUCUGUGGCGGAGACACCAAGCCAAGUAAUUGAAACUCCUCUGGUUUCCAUCACAUCAGUAAAACCAACUGUAGCUACAGUGACACAGACACCAGUCGUUGAGAUACCAGCUAUAAUUCCAGUGACAGUAACAGAGACUGUAUCUUCUGUAGAAGCUACAUCAGCGGUAACUUCAGUAGAAUCAGAAAAAAAUGUGACCCUCGUAGUAGAAACUCCAGCAGUAUCUUCAAUUGCAGUGGCAGAGACAUCGCCUGUGACAACAGUGGAAGAAACACCAGCUCAGAUUUCAGUAAUUGUAACAGAAGCAGCACCUCCAGUUCCACCAGCAGCAAUUUCAGCAGCAGAAACAUUAGCUGUGAUCCCAGUAGUAGAAGUUGUAAAGUCAACUCCAGUUGUAGUGGUUGAGACACCAGUUGUGUCCCCAGUGGUAGAGAUACCAGGUCCUGGUUCAGUGAUAGUAAAAGAGACUGCAUCUACUGUUUGUUCAGCAGUGACUGCAGCAGUAGAAACACCUAUUGUGAUCCCAGUAGUAGAAACUCCAGUGUUAAAGUCAGCCUCGCUUGCAGUGGUUGAGACACCAGUUUUGACUCCAUUGGUACAGACACCACAUCAGGUUUUAGUGACAGCAACAGAGGCUGCACCUCCAGUAGUUGUUUCAUCAGUGGCUUCAGCAGCAAAAACACCUGUAGUGAUCCCAGUAGUAGAAACUUCAGCUGUAAAGCCUGCUCCACUUGCAAUGGUUGAGACACCAGUUUUGCCUCCAGUGGUACAGACACCACAUCAGGUUUUAGUGACAGCAACAGAGGCUGCACCUCCAGUAGUUGUUUCAGCAAUCGCUUCAGCAGCAGAAGCACCUAUUGUGAUCCCAGUAGUAGAAACUCCAGCUGUAAAGCCUGCUCCACUUGCAGUGGUUGAGACACCAGUUGUGACUCCAGUGGUACAGACACCACAUCAGGUUUUAGUGACAGCAACAGAGGCUGCACCUCCAGUAGUUGUUUCAGCAAUGGCUUCAGCAGCAGAAGCACCUAUUGUGAUCCCAGUAGUAGAAACUCUAGCUGUAAAGCCUGCUCCACUUGCAGUGGUUGAGACACCAGUUGUGACUCCAGUGGCACAGACACCGCAACAGGUUUUAGUUACAGCAACAGAGGCUGCACCUCCAGUAGUUGUUUCAGCAAUGGCUUCAGCAGCAGAAGCACCUAUUGUGAUCCCAGUAGUAGAAACUCUAGCUGUAAAGCCUGCUCCACUUGCAGUGGUUGAGACACCAGUUGUGACUCCAGUGGCACAGACACCACAACAGGUUUUAGUGACAGCAACAGAGGCUGCACCUCCAGUAGUUGUUUCAGCAAUGGCUUCAGCAGCAGAAGCACCUAUUGCGAUCCCAGUAGUAGAAACUCCAGCUGUAAAGCCUGCUCCACUUGCAGUGGUUGAGACACCAGUUGUGACUCCAGUGGUACAGACACCACAUCAGGUUUUAGUGACAGCAACAGAGUCUGCACCUCCAGUAGUUGUUUCAGCAGUCGCUUCAGCAGCAGAAACACCUGUUGUGAUCCCAGUAGUAGAAACUCCAGCUGUAAAGCCUGCUCCACUUGCAGUGGUUGAGACACCAGUUGUGACUCCAGUGGUACAGACACCACAUCAGGUUUUAGUGAAAGCCACAGAAGCUGCACCUACAGUAGUUGUUUCAGCAAUGGCUUCAGUAGCAGAAACACCUAUUGUGAUCCCAGUAGUAGAAACUCCAGUGUUAAAGUCAGCUCCGCUUGCAGUGGUUGAGACGCCAGUUUUGACUCCAGUGGUACAGACACAUCAGGUUUUAGUGACAGCAACAGAGGCUGCACCUCCAGUAGUUGUUUCAUCAGUGGCUUCAGCAGCAAAAACACCUGUAGUGAUCCCAGUAGUAGAAAUUCCAGCUGUAAAGCCAGCUCCAAUUGCAGUGGUUGAGACACCAGUUUUGCCUCCAGUGGUACAAACACCACAUCAGGUUUUAGUGACAGUAACAGAGGCUGCACCUCCAGUAGUUGUUUCAGCAGUGGCUUCAGCAGCAGAAAAACCUGUAGUGAUCCCAGUAGUAGAAACUUCAGCUGUAAAGCCUACUCCACUUGCAGUGGUUGAAACACCAGUUGUGACUCAAGUGGUACAGACACCACAUCAGGUUCUAGUGACAAUAGCAGAGGCUGCACCUCAAGUAGUUGUUUCAUCAGUGAUUUCAGCAGCAGAAACACCUGUUGUAGUUGAAACUCCUGCAGUAAAGCCAACUCCAGUUGCAGUGGCAGAGACACCAGUUGUGACCUCAGUGAUGAUGACACCAACUGUGACUUCAAUAGCAGAAAGGUCAGUUGUGAGUCUAGUACAAGAAACUACAGUAGGAGCAGCAAUUGCAGUAGCAGAUAGACCUGUUAGGAUCCCAGUGGUACAGACACCAGCUCUGGUUUCAGUGAUUGUAAAAGAGGCUGCACCUCCAGUAGUUCUACCAGCAGUGACUGCAGCAGCAGAAACAUCAGCUGUGAGCCCAAUAGUAGAAACUCAAGGAGUAAAGCCAACAGUGGCCAUGGCAGAGACACCCGUGCCUGGAAUUCCAGUAGCAGAAGCAUCUGCUGUGACUCCAGCAGUACAGACACUGGUUGUAGAGCAGAUAGUACAGACACCAACAACACCAGCCGUGCCUUUGGUAAAAGCGACACCAGUUGUGACUGUGAUAGAGACACCUCCUGUGACUAGUGUUGAUGUCACGCCACAGGAAACACUAGCAGCACAGACACCUGCUUUAGCCCCUUUGAAGGUGACACCAGCUAUUAGCCCAGUUGUAGGGGCAGCAGCUGAAGCGCCAUUUGUUGUGACGCCAGAGGUAAAGAAGGCAAUGUUGCUGGUGGUUGAACAGGGAAAAACAGAAGCAAAGGCAACUCCUUCAAUUGUGUCUGAUAAUGUUGAACCACCACUUGUGACAGCAAAAGAGGUAAAGACAUCAAUUUCACCUGAAGAAAAUACCAAGAGUUCCUUGCAGCGUGACCCUCAAUCAGAAUCUCAAUCAGAAGUGGAGGAUGAUGUGUGGGAGGAUGCUGUAGAUAUUAUUGGAGAUUCCCAGGGUCUAGUGAAACAAGCAUCUGAUGCUGCAAUUUAAGAGUGGCAUGCUAAACCAAAUGAAAGCUAUUGAGCAAGUGCAAGUUUAACAAGAUGAGAACUUUUUACACUUGGAAGAGAUUGUGUGCACAGCACAAAGUCAGCUGGGACUCACAUUUCUUACAACAAAGAAAUGACCAAACCACUGAGAAGUAAAAUUGCAUCAUUAAAGUUCCAUUAAGUUUAUCUGUUCAGUAGAUAAGCUGUUUUUUGAAAUAUGGAACCCUUGAAAAGCAGCUAUUUUGUCAUAUUCAUACUAAAGAUAUUUGUCAAAGUAUAUGUACUAUUUUUAUGCUAAGCUUAUCUCACAUGAUAUCAGGUUGUAUUACAUAUCUAAAACAUAGAGUUUUAGGCCUAAUACAAAAUAUAAAACAUUUGUACACAUGCAUUAUAUGCUAUAGAUUUGAAAGUUUGGCAUGUUUAAAUUAGGAAACGGAUUCUCAUUGUUGAAGGCUAAUGCAAUUGCCUGGUGUUUUAAGAUAUGUACUAAUUAGAUUUAUUUUGAACCAUUAUAUUCCUCUUGAUAUACCUCUAAGAGGAAUUUAUAUUAUACUCUAAAUAUGAUGUACACUUUACCAAAGCUAUAAUACGGAUUAAAAGUUUAAACUUCACAAUCAUGUUCCAUAGAGACGUUUAGACAGUAUUCAGUCAGAUUCAGUCAAUUUCUAACUGAAAAUGACAGAUUGAUUAAUUUGUUUUACAAUUAUAUUUUACAAAGUCAAAAUCUGAUUAUUUAUUUUUGUUUGUCCACACUGCCAUUUGCCAUUGUUACAAAUUAUGUUUAAUUUACAGAAAUGCCCAAAUUCAAGAAAAUAUUUAUGUGAUUAUUGUUAGCAUAAAAAUUAAAGCAUGCAAACUAAUGUUGCAAUUA